AUGGUCUUCAAACAGGCUUAUGGUGCCAAUACUGCAAAGAAUUAUAAAUUGCAGUAUAAUUUUUAUUUUAGUCACAAGGACAACAAAACCAUUAUUUUUGGAAAUACAACCUUGUACAUUCCAUUCGAUGACACUUUAUUUUUGGGAGUUAAAAUUGCUCUCAAAGAUUCAACUGGAAAAUGGAAAGAAAAUUCAUUUAUGCACAAAUGGCCAAAUGCAUGCUCUACCUUAAAACAAAUUACCGGAAACGCAUGGACUGACAUGAUAUAUGGAUUGGGCUUUAAUCAUACUAAUUGCCCUAUACCUAAAGGUUUUUAUUUAGCUCCUGGUAUAGAUACUUCAAUAUUAAAAGAUUCCAAUCUACCAAAAACAUUUUUAUAUGGUACAUACAAAGUUUACCUUUAUGUCACGCAAAAAAAUGAAAUAGUCGGUGGUCAAGUUGUCAUUGUGGAAGUAAAGCGUCCUUGAAAUCUAUUGUAUAAUAACUAUGUUUUCGAGGUUUAUUAUUAUUUUAAUGUAUGGGGGAUAAUAUAAAAAAAAAAAUUGUAUUUCAAAUAAAUAAAGAUUUGUCGAAUCACUUAUUUGU